AUGGCAGAUUAUGACCUCAUACCUUACGACGACGAUGAACCAUUCCAAGAGAGGAACGAUAAUGUCACAGACUUACACGCUUAUUACAUGUCUCAAUUUAAUUUGGAGUUAGAAAACGGUAAAGCUAAACCAAAAAAUGAUAAUUUUAAAUAUGGUGUAGAAGAAAGUUUUGAUUUCGAAGUUUUAGAUAAUUGGAAUAAUACUGAGAAUAAUAAAACUGAUUUUGAAAUCAUAGAUGAAGUAAUUGAUAGUAAUAUUAAUGAUCAGAAUAUCAAAGAAGUUUUGUUAGACUUAGAUAGUAUAGAGUUCGACGAUAGCAGCUUCAAAUCCGAUUCGUGUGAUGAUAAUUCUAAGAAAAAUUCUUAUUUUCAAACAAACAAUGAUUAUAUAGAUGACGAAUCUUUGAUCGAUGAACUUUGUAGAGAAGAUAGUGAAUCAUGUCGACUGACACCGGAUGCAUUUAACGAAGACUAUUUAAAAACUGUCUCUAAUGAAAAUUUAUUACCACCCAUAGAAACGGCGUUUUCUAAGCGAUAUUGUAAUUAUAACACGGAAGAAUUUAAUGUGCAAGAGAAUGUUUAUAAUACAAAUGUAGUGCAAACACCCAAUACGCCUAUGAUUAGUAGUUUAGAACAUUAUAGCUAUCCAAAUAAUAUAUUAUAUAACUUGGAUAAUGAAAAGAAGUAUAUUCUGCCCGAUACUCCGACCAGCUGCUCAGAAUUUAACUUUGAUAGAAAUUCUAGAAAAGUGUCCAUAUCAGAUUCCAUAGAAAGCGAUGUACAAAGUUCGGGCUAUUAUGACGAGAAUUCCGAAAAUUUCGAUGAAGAUGAGCUUUUUAUAAAUUUAGAUGAAUUUGGUUUGAUAUUUGAAAGAGAUAAUGAAGCUGCGAAGAUUGAUGACAAGGCCGGACAAAAUGAGAGACGAUCGGAAAAGGACAAAACGCAAGGUGAAAGGGUAUGCUUAUGGGAGCACUGUUUCGAAAGAUAUCCAAAUCAAAAUACCCUGGUGGAGCACAUUGAGAGGGCGCACGUAAAUACUUACAAAGGUGAUGAAUUCAGCUGCCUCUGGCGAGACUGCGCGCGCGCACGUCGUCCCUUCAACGCGCGCUACAAACUGCUUAUACAUAUGCGUGUACACUCCGGACAUAAGCCGAAUAGAUGCCAUCAUCCUGGCUGUGGCAAAGCGUUUUCUCGUUUGGAAAAUCUGAAAAUUCAUGUAAGAUCUCACACUGGGGAGCGCCCCUACGCGUGUCCCGCGCCACACUGUAGAAAAGCCUUCUCCAACUCGUCCGAUCGCGCGAAACAUCAAAGAACGCACUUUAAUGCGAGGCCAUACGCAUGUGGCGCUAUAGGAUGUGGAAAGCGCUACACCGACCCAUCCUCUUUACGGAAGCACGUAAAGUCGCACCCCCACGUCACACAAGUGCCACGCACCUGCAUACCCCCAACAAGACCAAUACGACGUACAGAACAACUCGUACCAAGCUCACCAGCUAAGUUGGCUACUUUAAGAUGUAUACGAGAUAAAUUAACAGUUCCCAGAUUACAGAAACUA